GCUCGACCGCGUCCCAACGAACGAGCCCAUUCGCCCAUCGGGUCGGUCAGAGACCGCCAGAACGACGACAUGGCAACGCGUCGCUUCCGUUCGGCCACUCGGCAACGAACUCGACUGGACGCCACCAACGGACAACUGACCUAUCACCGUUUUGUAUCACCACCACCACCGCCGCCGCCGUCGUCGUCGUCAUCGUCGGCGUUCACGUUGACGUCACGUCAACCGGCCCGUCUCGACGACGUCUACGCUCGCUCGGCGUCACGCGCCCAAUUGGCCAAAUCGACGCCCGAUUUGGCUCUUCUCACCGGCUCGCCGGCCGCCGGACACCAACGCUGGCGCAGCGAGACAGCCUCAAAGUCGGCCUCCAGCAAACGGGCCGGACAUCCCGUCUACACCAUGGACCGACCGCCAACCAUGCCUCGGCAACCGGACAACGGUUUCGCUUUCGGUUUCGGUUUCGGCCUCGCACCGGCCAAGUGCACAGUCGACGCCGUCAGUGAGCACUGUCUGGUCGAGGCCGACACCUCGGACAUUGACGUAGAAUCGCCUCGACUCAACGGCAUUACGUCGAACGACGCUUGGCCGCCCGAGCCGGUACCGCUGGUCGCCAAGGCGAGUACCGGCGGCCGUAUCUUCAUGGUGACCAAAAUGCGCCGUUGA